AUGCCCGGCCUGCAGCCAAGACGGCCCAAGUUCAAGGUCGGCUCAGUGGAAGGGGCGAGGAGCGAGGAGCCCAAGUGGAGAUCAGUGCCGUGGUCAGCUAAACCUGAGCUGACGGAGAAAGUGGAAACGAAGCCAACAAAGCCAGCAGGAGAGGAUGGAUCAUCAGACAAAAAAGUGCAACCAAAAGGGAAAGGGCGAGCAAAGGGAAAACAGGCCAAAGUGGCUUACCAAGAAACCAAUGAUUUACUUGCAGAAAACGGAGAAACUAAAAAGGAGGAGGAUCCAGCCUCUGAUGAAGGAAAGAAAGAAGCCAAGUGUGAUUAA